CGCAAGGCCGCGCGCCGGCCGAUUCCGCGCUGCCCGCCGGGAGGGGCUGGAGCCCGUGUUCCUCCUCCUUACUGGUCCCCAUCCUUAAAGCACGAGUCCGGACGCCCCGCCUGUUGGAGAGGGCGCUGGGAUCUGGACGGCUAGCAGGCGGGGCAGACCCGGGCCGGCCGAGGAGAGUCUGAGGCGACAGAGCUGCUGCGGCUGGCUCACGAGUGUCUCGGCCCUGGCCGAGUGUUUCUGGGGGCUUUGAGGGAAGGGGUCCCGGUCGCCAUUGCUGGCGGUCGGAACGCCGCCUGGUCCUAGUCUGCCUGCCCUCAGCUGCUGUCCUCCGGCUGGGAGCCGUAGCUCCAGGCCGUCUCCAGUCCCCGGCCCAGGCUCCAGAACUGAGGGCCUCGGCCGCCGGCCGAAGCUCUGUCCACCGCCCGCGCCGGGCAGCCCGGGCCAAGACCAUGUUUGACAAGACGCGGCUGCCGUACGUGGCCCUCGAUGUGCUCUGCGUGGUGCUGGCUGGAUUGCCUUUUGCAAUUCUUACUUCAAGGCAUACCCCCUUCCAGCGAGGAGUAUUCUGUAAUGAUGAAUCCAUCAAGUACCCUUACAAAGAAGACACCAUACCUUAUGCGUUAUUAGGUGGAAUAAUCAUUCCAUUCAGUAUUAUCGUUAUGAUUCUUGGAGAAACUCUGUCUGUUUACUUUAACCUCUUGCACUCAAAUUCCUUUGUCAGGAAUAACUACAUAGCCACUAUUUACAAAGCCAUUGGAACAUUUUUAUUUGGUGCAGCUGCUAGCCAGUCUCUGACUGACAUCGCAAAGUAUUCAAUAGGCAGACUGCGGCCUCAUUUCUUGGAUGUGUGUGACCCAGACUGGUCGAAAAUCAACUGCAGUGAAGGCUACAUUGAAAACUACAUAUGUCGAGGGAAUGCAGAAAAAGUUAAGGAAGGCAGGUUGUCCUUCUACUCAGGCCACUCUUCGUUCUCCAUGUACUGCAUGCUGUUUGUGGCACUUUAUCUUCAAGCCAGGAUGAAAGGAGACUGGGCAAGACUCUUACGCCCCACACUGCAAUUUGGUCUUGUUGCUGCAUCCAUUUAUGUGGGCCUUUCUCGAGUUUCUGAUUACAAACACCACUGGAGCGAUGUGUUGACUGGACUCAUUCAAGGAGCACUGGUUGCAAUAUUAGUUGCUGUAUAUGUAUCAGAUUUCUUCAAAGAGAGACGUUCUCCUUUUAAAGAAAGGAAAGAGGAGGACUCCCAUACAACUCUGCAUGAAACACCAACAGCUGAGAAUCACUAUCGGAACAAUCACCAGCCUUGAAGGGCUGCAUGGUGCCCAGGUGAAGCUGGCCUGCUUUCUUGCUACCAGAAGGCAAGAGGAUGCCUUUCUUCCCAGUGUACAGGCCUUAAAGGACUGCUGCUGCUAUGCCUCUUGGAUGCCCACUUUAUCUGUGUGUAUAUAGUUACAUUUAACGUAAUGGUUAUCUAAUAGCUUUAAGUUCAUUAAACAGUUUCAAGCCUUCCACCAAAACAAUGCCCCUCCUGUACAUUUUUUAAUUAAAAAAAUGUAAUGCUUAUGUAUAGAUGUGUAUGUAAUAUGCUUUCAUAGAAUGUUUAAUUGAAAUACAAUACAGAUUGAAAUGUUGGAGGAUAAC